UGACAAAUAGAGGUAUAGGGAGGGGGCACAAAACAAGAAAACGACAGGUCGCAAUAAGCUUGAGGACGUUUCGGAGAAGCUGGUUAGUCCACCGGAUAAUAUCAAAGCGAAGGGACAUUUAACUUCACUCGACCAUCGAAUCUAAGGUUUGGCUAUUUGUUGAGGGAAAGAAGGAGCGCCUGAGUUUUCGAUAAAGAUCGUCACAAUUUUCUUCGCAAUGCAAAGACCGGGCGGCCAAGGGACGGCGUUUUCGAUUGACUCCUUGAUAGGAACUCCGCAACCUCGCCCGGGACACCUGCUCUACACGGGCUACCCGAUGUUUAUGCCAUACAGACCCUUAAUGAUUCCUCAAUCUUUAUCUCAUUCACAUUUACCAUCUGGCAUACCUCCUUUGGCGCCGUUGGCAUCUUUCGCUGGACGUCUUACCAACACAUUCUGUGCGAGUUUGGGACAGGGGAUGCCGUCCAUGGUGGCUCUCACCACAACACUGCCAAGUUUUUCCGAUCCGCCGGAUAGUUUCUAUCCUCCCCAAGAGCUCCCCGGACCUCGGUUAAGUGCCGACCCUGGAACGAGGAGACAGGAGAGCCCACACUCAGAUGAUCUCCAUGGAAGGGACAAGGGGUCGGAUUUACUCAACUUCUCGGAAACUUUUCAAACUAUACCAGGUGAGACUAAAUUGUACAGCUCAGACGAUGAGAAGUUGGACCUCAAAUCAGCGGACACAGCUUGCAGUGACAGAGAGGACAGCUCUGCCGUUGACAGCGAAAACGAAAGUGUAUCCGAUGGGAACAACUGUGGUGCUUUAUCCCAAAAGAGUAAACUAAAACCCGGGUCGCAGGAAGCUCUACCGCCGGGAAGCUCAGUGGGGAAGAGCAGGAGGAGACGAACAGCUUUUACAAGCGAGCAGCUACUUGAACUUGAGAAGGAAUUUCAUUGUAAAAAGUACCUUUCGCUUACCGAACGAUCUCAAAUAGCACACGCACUUAAAUUGAGUGAGGUGCAGGUCAAGAUUUGGUUCCAGAAUCGUAGGGCCAAAUGGAAAAGAAUCAAAGCUGGCAACGUGAAUAACAGGUCUGGAGAGCCUGUGAGAAACCCCAAAAUUGUGGUCCCAAUCCCAGUGCACGUCAACAGGUUUGCGGUGAGGAGUCAGCACCAACAGAUAGAGCAAACAAGGCCAUGACGAACUAUACUGGCCUAAACUAAUUUUGACAAAAUAAAGAUAUGGGUUGUUAAAUGCAUGAAGCACAAAAACUGGAUGAUAUUUUGUGGUCAGCGAGAUUACUUUACAUCAAGAGACAUGUCAUAUCAACUGGACAACUAAGGAUAAUAUGUUUUCAUCCGCAGAUUAACUAAUUUUGUCGAAUUAGGCCUAUCUCAUAUUUUAUUUAUUGUUUUGUUAAUUUGUAAAUAGUAUAUGUGUCGGGUGACACAGACAUGCACUAUGAAAUGAGAUUGUAAAAAUUCUUUUCUAAAAUAUUUAUAUCUAGCUAGGGCCUAUAAAUGUUAUGUUUAUUAUCUGCAUGUGCUUUACUCGUUCGGUGAAGCUAUUUCAAACUUCUCGUAUUUGGUACCGUUUUGUUUAUCACAUGUUGCAUGUACCUUACAACGUUUUCAUUUUGGUAGGCCACUGUAGGAAUUGUAUUCGCCAGCUGUUUGUGGAAAAAAAAGAUGUGAAGGAAAAUAAAUAACCAAACAAAGAAAUACUGUAAAGUAUAUUGACUUAAUAAAUCCAUUUAUAUUAAAUGUAUCUAUCUAAAUGCAUUUUUAUUGCUGGUUAAGCUGUAGUUUUAGAGAUGCUGAUUUGUGCUGUGUUUAGUCUCAGAAAAUGAUCAGUCAUCUCUCUGUCUAUAGAAUAUAUUUGCCUCUCAUUCAUGAAGUAUAAUAUCACUAGGCUAUGACAUGACAGUGUAUUUUAAGAGCGUACUAAAACAUUAACUAUAACAAUAAACAAAUACAACAACACCUAAUAAUACUAUAAUUGAUCAUUGAUCAUAAUACCAUAGGACUAACUGCAACAAUACUUAUGACAAUUCAAAUAAUCCGAUCAAUCUCUAAAUAUUUGUUUUGCUAUAUAAAUUAUAAGACUUAAUCAAAAUAACAACUCGAUUGCAAUGGCACUUUAUAGGCUUUAAUAAUCAGAUGUUAUUGAUUUCGAAUAGUAAGCUUGUAAGUAAAUUACAAUUCUGUGUUGUACACCUGUAAUAUCUUGCCAGCAAUAAUCUGAAUACAUUUUUGCAAACUAGUCCUGGGUUAGUUUGCAAUGUAAUGAUACUGUAGGUCUUGAAAAAAUAUUGGAUAAAUAAGUGGACGAUUGAUACUAAAAGGAUGAAUAUGAAAUUAUAUGCAGCUUCACCUAUAUGCAAAGUCCAGCAGUUCUCCAUAUAGGCGUUGAUGAUAGCUACAUUCAAAUGAAGGUUCUUAUUAAGCAGUCAAGAGAGAAUAAAGGGAGAGAACAGGGUUUUGUGACUGGAAGCAGCAGUCAUUUAUCUCUCUUUAGGGGGCCAUGUUGUCUCAAGGUGGAGUGAUGGAUCCCCAUUAGAACGGUCAUAUUCUACACGUCGUAAUGAACUUCAACAUCAAUCACUGUAAGAGAGGACGAGACCAGACCAGAGAGAUUGAACACUGUCUGUGUGUGUGCGCGCGCGCAAAAAAAAGAAAAGAUUUUGAAUGAGACUGAAUUGUGUGUCCCAACAAGGUUAGUUGUACAAGACCCUGUGUGUGUGUGUGUUAUUUAUGCCAGCAGGUCUCAACUCAUAAAUACAGAGAAAAGUUUAAACUUAUUUUGAUGUAUAAGUAAUGCAUUUGAUAUCCGAGUUGGUACAUUUCCAUCAAUUUCAAUCAUAAGAAAGGAACAAAGAGAAUUUCAAAAAGCUAUCAAUUAUUUUUUACAGGUGUAGGCAUACCUGUAAAAACUAUUUAUUUUAGGCUACAUUUAGGCUACUGUGGUUGUUACAGUAUUUACAGGUGCGCAAAGACCAUAUCCAAGAUAUGGGUUGGUUUGAAAAACUUUAGGCUAUAAUAGAUUUCCCCCAGGUGUUAUCUCAGGUAGGUCUUGAAUAACUGAUCAACAUGUCAACGGAGUUAUCAAGCGCGAUAUUUGAAUCCAGUCAAGAAAUUAAGCUAAUUAGCGACACCUGUUUUUGCAUUUCUGCUGCUGCUGUCACAUUGAAGUCAUCUCAAUCAUGACGGCAAUGAUUAGGCAGCCUAUAACGGAAAUAGGUCAACGGAUAAGAUGACAAUAUUUAAAUGAAAUAGAAUACAAUUAUUGCCUACUGAUAAAACAAUUAACUAAAAGUUGGCUAAUUAAUGUUCGACUUCAAAUCUGCCAGAGCUGUCUCAACCUCCAAUGACGCCAGAAUGUUCGAUGUGUGUUCUCGUGUUUAGGUGCUAAUGGAGGGAACAGAGUUGUCGCUGGGGAGGCAAUGACACACCCCACUGGGCACGGACGUCUAUUCCACGUUGGUUCAACGUAAUUUCAUAAAAAUUACGUGAAAACAACGUUGAUUCAACCAGUGUGUGCCCAGUGGGACAUACUGUACACAACGUUACAGGGAGCUAGAGCUAUUCAAACUACACAAAAACAGUGGAUGUCAUCAUGCAACAUGCAUCAUCAUAUGACAAAACAUAUAAUUGACUCUGUGAAAUGACUCUUUGAAAUGUUAUAUUAUUAUUAUUAUUACCUUUAUUUAAAUAGGCAAGUCAGUUAAGAACAAAUUCUUAUUUUCAAUGAAGGCCUAGGAACAGUGGGUUAACUGCCUUGUUCAGGGGCAGAACGACAGAUUUGUACCUUAUCAGCUCAGGGAUUCGAUCUUGGAGCCACUAGGCUACCUGGCACAAAAGGACACAAAAACAAAGCCCAAUAGAUGUAUUGCUACCAGAGAGUAAGGCGGUUAUGAUGCACAAUUUGUUUAGGCUCACCCAAUUCCUCGGAUAUCCUUUGUCUGCUUUUCUAGUGUUCUCUCUCAAUCCAGGGUAGUUUUUACAUGGCAAUUUAAUGUUUGAGUUUAUGGUUAAAGUGUGCCUGCAAAGUUUCUUAAAGGGAGGGGACCAUGGUAGGCUGUGCAAAAUUUCAACCUCCGCUGGCCUCAGAUGCCAGAUGUGAGUUUGGACACAAUAUAUCUAUUUGAACUGUUUCCAAAUGGGGCUCCUAUGAUCCUGAUAUUAUAAUAUAUUACUGUAGCUAUAUUAAUCAGCUCACAGUUUUAAACCAACAUACUGCUCAAGAUGGAAGGAAGAGAUAGGGCUUCACAUUUCUAGGACAACUAUAUUUUAAACUGAACAUCAGACAUAUUGUAUGAGCUAGAUCAUUUAUUCUGUAUGUCCUUUGAGGAAACAAUAAUAAUCUGUUUUAGGCUGCCAUUGAACUUCCAUGACUGAACUUCAAUGAUUGAAUUGAAAAGAUAUCUGAGCACCACAGCCUCCAGCCUCUAACCAACAAUAAGGCUAAGGGGAAGUUAAUGUUAAGGCCUGUUGUAGGGAUUCGACCAUGAUAUUUGUCUCAACAGCCCAACUGCAUAGAGUGACCAUCAAAUGGCAUGAGUAGCAUUGCCAUCUGACCAACCGUGGCAAUGUGCAGUCAUUUGUUUGUUGUCCACUUCAUACACCAAGAUUGUGACACUGGGAUGGUGAUAUAAGGAUGGAUGUUGUAAUGGGCCAGUGAUGGAAGAUUUAAUCUUGUCUUAAAAGUGGACUAAUCCUGGAUUUCAAGUAGAUGACAUAGUAUCAGAGUGUUAUAGCUAUUUCACACUAGGUGAGCUUAUACACAAUUAAAGAACAAUGAUGUAUACCCUGCUGUAAAAUACUGCAGUUAUUGCAAGAGUUUUCAAGGUCUUGUGAUUGUCCCUAUAUCUGUAGAUGUUUAGGAGAUGAUGGGUAUUUUGCAUACCUGGAAUCAUCUGAGAAUAUAUAAGGAGAACGUAGUAAAUGACUCACACAUCCCUGGUAUUGUUAUACUGAGUUUAAUGCAAUGUAUUUUCUAUUAAUGUUUAUUUUUCUUGUGUUAUGUUGUGCCCAAUAUACAGUGCCAAUUAAAAGGUCACACAUACCUACUCA